AUGAGGGUUCAAGACUUGGCCGAAGAAUUCAACACUCACCGGGAUCAGGUUCAUCAGCGGUUAGAUCAGGUGAAUGAGUCGAUUGAAAUGCGAUUUGCUUCAAUGGAGACACAACUCAGAGAAUUUAUGUCUCGUUUUCCUCAAACACAACCCACAAAUCCCCAAUCGCAGUUCAACCACCACCAGUCACCAAUGGGUUCUGAUGAUCGAGGAUCUCUGCGUUUUAUGAAGAUGGAGAUCCCUUCCUUUGAGGGUCAAGACCCUAACAAUUGGAUCUUCAAAUCCGAAUUGUUUUUUCGUCUCCAACAGACUCCGGAUCAUCUCAAGGUUCAGAUCGUAGGGUUGAAGAUGAACAGCGCUGCCGGAGAUUGGUUUCAAUGGAUCUUUAAUAGCGGUACUGUACAGACAUGGGAGGAGUUCACUACGGCUGUGCGACAACGCUUUGGUUCGUCACAUUACAGAGAUGUCCGAGGAGUUCUUGCCAAAUUGACCCAAAAUGGUUCCUUGGCAGAUUAUAUGCGUGAAUUUCAACGAUUGCUGAAUCAGGUUCAUGAUCUCAGUGAUAACCUUUUAAUGGUUCUUUUCAUUUCGGGAUUGCAACCUGAUCUCCAGGGAGCAAUUCAGUUGCAUUGGCCCACUAGUUUGCAUCAAGCUAUGCAAUUAGCAUUAGCUUAUGAUACCCAUCAUUCUGAGCUUCGUUCAUCGUUCACAAAUCAUACAAAUCAUACCAAGAAACCAUUUCAUCGUCCCCACUCACCAAUUAAAAUUGACAAACCUACUCCUUUAGCUAUUCAAUCAUCCCGCACACUUGCUUUACCAGCACCACCUACAGUACUUGUUCGAAAGCUGUCCCCUGAGGAAAUUCGACAGAAAAGAGAACUGGGUAUAUGCUUCACAUGUGAUGAAAAGUGGACAGCUAAACAUCGAUGCAAGGCCAAGAUGAUGCUUCUUAUAGGUGAAGUAGAAGAUUCGGGUGAAGAGCAAGAAGAAGAGAUAGUUUGGGGUUUGGAAGAAACCAAGGGAACCAGAAUUGAUGCAACCUUGCAUUCUCUGUCAGGGAGUAAUAACCCGAGAUCAAUACAGUUGAAGGCCAGUAUUGCGAAUCAAGUAGUUAAUGUGUUAGUAGACUCUGGAAGCUCUCAUAACUUCAUUAGAAGAAAGCUUGCUGAGGAACUUCAAUUGCCUAUGACCAAGUCUUCCAAGAUGAGAGUCUUUAUGGGAAGUGGAGAAUUUCUUCUUUGUGACAGAAAGUGUCCUAAUGUCAAACUCCAAAUUCAAGGCCAUGGAUUCAUCACUAACUUGUGGGUUAUUGAGUUGAGUGACCUGAAUGUAAUUCUAGGAAUGCAUUGGUUAACUCAGCUAGGCAAGGUCACACAUGACUACAAUAAUUUGUCUAUGGAAUUCAUAUGGCAGGGCAUACCAAUCGAAUUGAGUGGCUGUCAACAACAAGGAGAAGAGUCAUUAACAGCAAGGAUGCAAGGUGAUUGUCAUACUCUAUCACUGCAACCGAUUGAGGAGGCUCAAGCAAAGGUAAUGUCAGAAUUACAUGCUUUAAAGGAAAAGAUUAAUCCUGCUUUAUGGUCAGUUUUAAUCAAUUGCAGCAUAGUAUUUUCCAUUCCAAAUUCAUUGCCACCAUACAGAGACAUGAAUCAUGCUAUUCAACUAGUGGAAAAUUCGAAAGCUGUUGCUGUUAAGCCAUAUAGAUAUCCUCAUCAUCAAAAAGAGGAGAUUGAGAAACAGGUCAAUGACUUGUUAGCCUCGGGAUUCAUCCAAUACAGCCAUAGUUCUUUUUCUUCACCAGUUUUAUUGGUGAGAAAACAGGAUAAUAGUUGGCGCAUGUGUAUAGAUUACCGUGCUCUUAAUUCCAUAACAGUCAAGGAUGUUUUCCCAAUUCCAACCAUAGAUGAGUUGUUGGAUGAACUAUUUGGAGCUUCAGUUUUUAGCAAAUUGGAUUUGAGAUCGGGUUAUCAUCAAAUCCGCAUGAAAUCUGAAGAUAUUCACAAGACCGCUUUUAGAACACACGAAGGUCACUACGAAUUUUCUGUCAUGCCAUUUGGAUUAACAAAUGCACCGGCUACUUUUUAA